AUGACCAAAACCAAUUUCGAACGUUUACCUAAUGAGAUUAUACUAAACGUUUUCGACUAUAUUGACAGCAUUCAUCUCCUUCAAUGUUUCUACGGUCUGAACGAUCGCUUCAAGAAUCUUCUCUAUCAGCAGUUCCUAAACUAUGAUCUUAAUUUCAAAAAUCUGCCCCAACAUCAUGUCAAUAUGAUUUGUAAACAACAUUUACCAUUUAUUGUCGAUCGAAUUGUUUCUCUUCAACUUCUGAUUUCGCAUCAAACGUUUGGGCAGAUCAAAGUAUUCUUUUCUUAUGCGAAUCAGUUGACUCGUUUACAAUCACUUUCCAUAACCAGUUUUCGCCCGCAUGACACAUUAAUCGGAAUCUUAGAUCAAUGCGAACUCUUGCCUAAUCUGACUUAUUUAAAAGUUCAUUUCUACGAAACUCAUCAAACAGAACAAUCCUUUCAGUUAAUUGUUAAUCAUAUUUGGAGUUUAUCAAAACUGGUUCAAUGCAACAUUCAUCUGUGUAUAAAAACGAAAGCAUUUUUCGUUCUACCGCAAAGAACUUCUCAGUCAAUCGAGAAUUUAUGUAUUCAUGUCAAUGAACUCGAAUUUAGUCAAAUAAAUCGACUGUUUGAAUUUACACCACGUCUGAAGAAUCUUUCCGCGUCAAUCGAUUUCUCCUUCAAUUAUGGUUAUGUCCCACAAACAAUUUCUUCAUUGUUACAACUAAACUUACUGGUCAAAGACGGACCGAUAUCAGUAGUGAUCGAGUUUUUUCGACAUCUGCCUAAUUUACGUCGUUUGAGUAUAUGUGCCAAAGCCACAAAUAUUUUCGGCUAUCAAUGGGAAGAGAUUAUUUCUACUUAUUUGCCGAAUCUGAAAUUCUUUCAGUAUCACAUGGAACAUUCAUUGAUUUCUGUUCCAGACAUUCUAAGAUUUGCUGAUCAUUUAAUCAAACCAUAUCAACGUGCAUUCUGGACUGAUAAAACACAAUCAUCUACUCAAUGUUUCGUAGAAGGAAACACGAUAUAUCUAACGAGUACAUUUGGUCAUAACAUCAACAAAUUUUCUCGAUCGUUUAUAUUCUCCGAUCAUCAUAACGAUCAUCAGAAAUGGUACACAGGUGUAACGUGUGCUCAUGAUCUAACAUCAUCGAACAUUCACGUAUCUAAUAUUGAGUAUCUCACUAUUCAAUUCCCGUCUUAUAAUCAGUUUUGGCUUACUGUUCCAACUUUUAAUCGACUGAGAGCACUGUCUAUUUUAUCUCUCGUUGAUAUUUACCAUUCAACGAUUCAAACUCUACUUGAUCAUGCACCUAAUCUUCAUAUUUUGAAUCUGUAUCAUACUGCACCGUUACCAUUGCAGAAAUCACUCUUUCGCUAUCGACAUAGAUCCAUCCGUGAACUGAAUUUCAAGGCCUACAAUUAUUAUUUUAAUGACAAUGAAUGCGUACAACUUUGCCAUUCACCACUGGGUAUUCAAUGUGCAACUCUUCACAUAAAAGUAAUGAAUCGCGAAAGUAUCAUUUAUCUUGUACAAAAUAUGGUCAGUCUCCUAUCGUUACAUGUUCAAUGUGAAGAUGAAAAACAUUACUCACAGCUUAUCUCGAAGAACAAGAACGAUGAACUUAUGCAAUUGUUAAAAAAUUCUUUACCUUCAGUUCGUUCCAUAGAACGAAACAGUAAUACUUCAAGUGAAUUCACUAUAUGCAUUUGA